GCUGAACUCCGAGCAGCUGUGUUUUUAGCCCUAGAGGAGCAAGAAAAAGUAGAGAACAAAACUCCUUUAGUCAAUGAGAGCCUGAAAAAGUUUUUAAAUACCAAAGACGGUCGUUUAGUGGCUAGUCUUGUUGCAGAAUUUCUUCAGUUUUUUAACCUUGACUUUACUUUGGCUGUUUUUCAACCUGAAACUAGCACACUGCAAGGUCUCGAAGGUCGAGAGAAUUUAGCUCGAGAUUUAGGUAUAAUUGAAGCAGAAGGUACUGUGGGUGGACCCUUAUUAUUAGAAGUGAUCAGGCGCUGUCAACAGAAAGAAAAAGGGCCAACCACUGGGGAAGGUGCACUAGAUCUAUCUGAUGUACAUCCUCCACCAAAGUCACCAGAGGGAAAAACAAGUGCACAGACAACACCAAGUAAGAUACCAAGGUAUAAAGGACAAGGUAAGAAGAAGACAAGCGGGCAGAAGGCUGGUGACAAGAAAGCCAACAAUGAGGCCAAUCAGAGUGAUACAAGUGUCUCUCUGUCAGAACCCAAGAGCAAAAGCAGCCUUCACUUACUGUCCCAUGAAACAAAGAUUGGAUCUUUUCUAAGCAACAAAACUUUAGAUGGCAAAGACAAAGCCGGCCUUUGUCCAGAUGAAGAUGAUAUGGAAGGAGAUUCUUUCUUUGAUGAUCCCAUUCCCAAGCCAGAGAAAACUUAUGGUUUGAGGAGUGAACCUAGGAAGCAACCAGGAAGCCUGGCCUCGCUCUCGGAUGCACCCCCCUUAAAAAGUGGACUCAGCUCCCUGGCGGGGGCCCCUUCCUUAAAAGACUCUGAGAGUAAAAGGGGAAAUACAGUUUUGAAAGAUCUGAAAUUGAUCAGUGAUAAAAUUGGAUCACUUGGAUUAGGAACUGGAGAAGACGAUGACUAUGUGGAUGAUUUUAACAGUACCAGCCAUCGCUCAGAGAAAAGUGAGAUAAGUAUUGGUGAAGAGAUUGAAGAAGACCUUUCUGUGGAAAUAGAUGACAUCAAUACCAGUGAUAAGACAAUCACUCAGCUGGAAUGUCUGCUCUCUAUUGGUGCCUUGCAUUUCAAAAACAUUGCAGAUAUUUUUUAAAAGUAAUUUUCAUUUUACUAAACAAAAUGCUUCCUAUUUGAGCCCAUGUGUGAAAGAUUUAAUAUUCUUAAUUUAACUGUACAUUUCUUUAUGGAAAUUGAUUAUCUACACAGUUUCAUUACAGGGAAGGAACCCAUGAAAACAUCAGUGUUAAGAGCAUGAUGAAAGGUGUCAAUAAAGCCGUAGGAUCGCACAACCCUUUGUGUGUGUGGCUGCUGGUACGUGUGGUCUUUGAAAACCUUGACUUUAGCCCUCUGGAAUCAGAGCUUACCCACCAUAGUAUAUUUUGAUAUUAGGUGGUUCUACACAUAGUUGGCAAAAUGACUUGGUAAAUUUGUAAUACUGAAGUAUAUUAGUAUAAGUUAAAUUUGAUGUGUCAACUUUAUUUUGUAUUUCCUUCCAUUUGGAAGGUUUGUUAGACCAUUAAGGUUAUAUUAAAGUACUCUUGUCUGUGCUAUUUAGUUUUGCUUGUUUUAAAGAAAUCUAGAAGUGGUUAUGAGUUUGAAUUCAUAGAAUUGUCAAUAACAGGUAACAUUUGCAAUCGUCAUUCCUCCUGUUGUCCAUGUAAGCAGCUUUAGUCGUAGGUUCUCUUCAUUAUAAUUUAUUAUUUGUAAAGAUUCCUUGAAACAUAUUCAGUACCAACAUGCAUCUGAAACCAUUAAGCAGUGCUUUUAUUUCAGAUCUGUAAGUUAAUUGUAUUAAAAUCCAAAUUGGAAUGAAAUAGUAGUAAUGGCCUAAGACCAUGUUCAGUUUGACAAGCUUUAUAUACUGUACAUAAUUUCAUUGUAAUCCUUAAAAAUAGAGCCAAUAAUAGAAUUUCCGCAGUCUCAUUUAUACGGUUAAAGCAUUGUUGCUCUUAUGUAGGGCACGGACGUUUAUAAUACCAAAAUAUUUUAAAAUGUGCAAGUAGAAAAAACAGUAGAAAGUGAUGCAUGCAUAUUUAUAUAUAAGUAAAGCUAGGAUUAUGCUGUUUUUGCACUUUAUAAUUUCAAUUAAGUUGCGACUUUUUACUACAAGUUACCUUUAUUAGUAAAAGGAGAAAUUAGACCUAAUUCACUGGUCUUGGUAAGUGAGCAGACUGCAUGACUUGUGCAAUGCCAGUUUCUCAUUUCAUAUUAGCCAAAUAUUAUAGAAAUUACUCCUUGGGCUCUAACAUGUAGAGGAAAUGAAAAUGUAAGGAUUAAGGCUGUGUAACAGAAUCUGGCUUUUUAAAUUUUAAGUGAAACUGAGCUGUAAACAUCAAGAGGAAGUAGGACAUAAACUGGGCCGGUACAGCCUGGAAGCCCUGUGUAUUUCUGCCCUCUGUCUGUGAGCUGCUAUCUCAGUCUCCUUCAGCUCUUCAUGUCUUAGUAAACAGCACCAUGUGCAGAUGUAAUCUUGUUGCAGUCCCCCAGUGUGGUUGUUAUAAAAUGCAUUUCCUUGUAAGUCAUCUGUGUAAACAGUCACUUUCUAAAAGCACUAUAGUUCUGGGCCUCUGGAAUUUGGAUCACAUGUAUGAUUUAUUUUUAAUAUUUGAUAGGAACUAGGUUUCAGUGAAAUGAUUUGAAAGCAUAGCAGGAUGUGGCUUUUUAAAUUUAUGAAACUGUCGAACAGUAGCAACUGAAAUUUGUCACUUUUCUGUUACCCAGAGAAUCAGACCUUUUGAUAAUAUUUGGGAGGGUAAGAGAAAAAUGCCAAAUAUGAAACUUUUUUGUCAGCACUACAUACAUCUUUUUUUUGCGGGGGGCAGGGGUACGGAGUCUCACUCUGUCACUCAGCCUAAAGUGCAGUGGUGUGAUCUCGGCUCACUGCAACCUCUGCCUCCUGGGUUCAAGCGAUUCUCCUGCCUCAGCCUCCUGAGUAACUGGGAUUACAGGCGCAUACCACCACGCCCGGCUAAUUUUUGUAUUUUUAGUAGAGAUGGGGUUUCACCAUGUCGGUCAGGCUGGUCUCAAACUCCUGACCUCGUGAUCCUCCCGCCUUGGCCUCCCAAAGUGCUGGGAUUACAGGCAUGAGCCACCAUGCCGGGCCAGCACUACAUGUAUUUUAUUGAAUAAUUUUGAAUGACUUCAAGUUCAACUAUAAAAAGCUUUCUUUUCACAUGUACUUUUUGAUUAGGUAUUGUCAACUUAUUCAACUUGAAGAUGUGAAGUGACAGGUUUUGCAUGUGAUGAGUGUUUUCUGUUAAAAAAUAAAUAUUGAAAUAUUAACCCAUGAAAUACAUUUUUAUGGUAACCUUUGUUUUACAGUGGAGUUUUUUAAAUGCUAGGUCUUUUAUUGAUAACUACAAAUGAAUAAAAAGCAUUUAUUCUCU